GGCGGGGACGGGCGACAGGGUGGCCGUGGCAGGGCUGUGUCAGGCUCCCCGUGGCAGGGCUGUACCAGGGUGGCCGUGGCGGGGCUGUACCGGGGUGGCCGGGGCAGGGCUGCACCCGCGGGGUCCUGCGAGCCGGCUGUGCCCCGCCGGAGUGCGGGGCUGUCGGCGCUCGGUGCGGGCUCCGUGCCAGGAGCCGAGCCCGCGGCACAGGGACUUCACCUCCGAGUUGGCAGCAGCAGCAGCUCUCAGCGAUGGUGCUGCUCGUACGUGAUUUUCCUCUCCUGCGAGGUUCCCGGUAGUUUGAUAUAAAUAUACCCAGUGAUUUUGUGGCUCCAAAUUACAGUUCUUCAGGAAGCUGAUUCUGCAGCUGCAGUGGAUGAAAUCUGAAGGCUGGGAGUGAGCAUCAGCCAGGACCCAGGGGACAGCCAGGAACCAGGAACAUGACUGCCUUUCCCAAGGAAGAAACAAAGGAAAAACCUUUAUUUCUUGUGUAGCUGGAAGGAAAAGCAAUACAAUCUUGACACCCAGUUAAUUCAAAGAAGCAUUUUCCAAAAUACCUCUUGAUUGUGUGGAUCCUGUAACUCUGCCACAAAGGUGCCUUUGGACCUGUGCAAAUAAAUCCUUGCAGUAUUGUUUGGCAAAAGUGGUCAUUGCUGGAGUGGCUGUGGAAGGACCAUGACAAAGCACUCAGAGAUCAUCAAUUUGUCAUUUCUGUUGGAACACGAAAGGGAAACAAUCUUGGGAGUAUUGAAGAGAGAUGAGUACUUGAAAAAAGUUGAAGAUAAAAGAAUCAGGAAACUGAAAAAUGAGCUUCUGGAGGUGAGAAGGAAAGGCGGGAACCGCCACUCUCAGCAGGACAGCAGCAGGGUCUGUGUUCGCUGCCAGAAGAGCCUGGGCUUCAUUUUUGACAGGGGAGAGCUGUGCCAGACCUGCCAGCUGAGGGUCUGCAGCUCCUGCCGGGUGCUGGGGGCAGAGGGGCACUGGAAGUGCUCGGUGUGUGCCAAGAUUGCAGAGCUACGGAUAGUGACAGGGGAAUGGUUUUUUGAAGAGAGAGCAAAGCGCUUCAAACAAUCAAAUCUUGGAACUGAUCUUGUCAGACAGUCAAUCCUUCACAAAUUCCCAGACCCAGUUUCCAAUACAGAUGAUGAAAGAACAUUCAAAAAUCAACCCCAAGAGAAUGAAGAAAAGCCAGAUGUACCAGUCUGCUCCACAAAUGGGCACAAAUCUGUCUUUAGCAGACCUAGAAAGAUUGGGAGGGUUAUCAGGGCAGUUACCAAAGGAGAAAUCACAUAUGGAAAGGAUGAAGGUGAAAGGAGCACAGUCUCAGAGGCUGAAAGGCCAGGUCUGCGUGGAGGCAAAUCAGCUGCAAGCUCUGAGAGAGGCAGCACGCUCUCCCUGGGCAGCAGCAGUGCAGGGGCUGCUGCAGGACAUGCAAGGGGCAGAGGCAGCACUGCCAAGGCUUCCCUGGCACGCUCUCCCAAGCGCAGCAUGACCGCGGAUUGCAGCGGGGACACAGGCUUGGAAAAUGACAUGAUUAUUCCAGCAAGUGAAAGUGUACCUGAAGAUUUAGUAAAGAAGCACUGCAGGAUACCAUCUGGAACACCUUCCAUUGCAGUUUCUAGGAUAUCUUUGUCAUCAGACCGUAGCAGAUCUGAGAUAGAUUUGAGUGAAUCUUUCUCUGAAGGAAAUGAGGAUACCCUGAGCAUAAGAAGCAAAUCUGUACCUAGUGCCUUAGAUCAGGAACUGGGCUAUCUGGAAGAAACAGAAGAAGAUAUUGAUGACAUAGUGGCCUCUUGUUAUCCAAGAAAGCAUGAACAUAUGACAAGUGGAUUAUCAACAAACUCCCCAGAAGGUUCUGACAGAAAAUGGACAUAUUUAAAUGUUCCCGAAGCAGAUGGUGACACUACCAGCAUCAACAGCAUGGUGAGUGUUUACAGUGAGACUGGUGACUAUGGCAACGUGAAGGUCAGCGGGGAAAUCCUCCUCAGUAUCAGCUACAUCUACAAAACAGGGGCCCUCAACGUCCUGGUGAGGAGCUGCAGGAACCUGGCCAUUGCAGAUGAGAGGAAGCAAAGGACAGACCCCUAUGUCAAAGCCUACCUCCUGCCUGACAAGUCCCGCCAGAGUAAGCGCAAGACCAAAAUUAAAAGUAACAGCAUCAACCCGGAAUUUAAUGAGACACUGAAGUAUGUCAUCAGUCACUCACAGCUGGAAACCAGGACCCUGCAGGUUUCUGUCUGGCACUAUGACAGAUUUGGACGCAACAGCUUCCUUGGGGAAGUGGAAAUUCCAUUUGAUUCCUGGAACUUUGAAAAUCAGGGUGAUGAGUGGUUUGUGCUCCAGCCCAAGGUGGAGGCUGUGACAGAUUUUGGGCUUCAAUACAAAGGAGAACUGACAGUGGUUUUGCGUUAUAUUCCCCCGGACAGAAACCUAAUGCUUCCUCUGGGGCAGUUUCAAGGAAAGAGAGGCUUCAAAAAAGGAAAGAAAGGAGAUUCUCAUCUGCCAUCUGGAGGCAUAUUAGAAGUCCUCAUCAAAGAAGCAAAGAAUUUAACAGCAGUGAAAUCAGGAGGCACAUCUGACACUUUUGUUAAAGGGUACCUGCUCCCAGAUGACAGCAAAGCUACAAAACACAAAACUCCCAUAGUAAAAAGGAGUGUGAACCCCCAGUGGAACCACACUUUUGCCUUCAGUGGUUUGAAUUCAGGGGACAUAAGGAAUGUCUGCCUGGAGCUGACUGUGUGGGACAAGGAGUCUCUUUCCAGUAAUAUUUUUUUGGGAGGUGUCCGUCUGAGCACUGGAAAUGGUGUGAGCAAUGGCAAGGAGGUUGACUGGAUGGACUCCCAAGGGGAAGAGCAGCACCUCUGGCAGAAGAUGAUUGACAGCCCAGGAGCUGCAGUGGAAGGGGUGCUGAUGCUGAGAUCCAGCAUGGGGAAACGCAGACUCUGAAGGACUUUGACUGCUGGGGAAAGCCACAGCUACUCCUGGCUGCAGGGGUGUCCAGGCUCCUGUCACUUGGCCCAUGUGAACCUGAGAAGGGUUGCACCCUUUGCCUUGGACAUUAAGGCUCUGAGUGAAACUUUAUUGCAUUCUGCACUUUCAUGCACACAUUCCUUACCCAGGCUUCUUGUGUGAAUUGUUUCUCCUGAAGCCAGUGAGAGCAGGACCUUGCACAGAGAUCAGACUGGCUUUGUCUGUCCCCUCUGGUGGCUGUGUGCAGCUGAUGAGCAUCCUGCCUGAGGGCUGCUCAGACUGAGCAAACUCUCUUGCUGGUCAUUUAGUGAGUGAUGCCAGGUUUAUGAAUCUCCUUGUGGCUCAGGGAUGGCCCCAAAGGCAGCAGUGGCACAGAACAAGCAGAUUCAGAGUGAGUCUGUGCUUUGGUGUUUGUAAAUUAAGAAGCCAUAAUGUUAUGAAGGACAGCAAGCAGUGUUUGUUCAUGGUGUUUGCUUGUUGGGCUGUGCAGUGGUGCAGCACGACAGGCUUGGGACCAAAACCCAGCCAAGCAGGGCCAAUUUAGUGUUGCACUGCCCUAGAACCAGGCAGCAGUGAGCUGGGGGGCAGUGCUGGUGUCCUGGCAUCCUCUGGGUAUUUUAAUGCACUUGUAUAAAAGGCAGACUUGGUUCAAAGAGCCUUUAAUGAAAAUAAAUCAUAACAAAUCUUCAGUUUCCAGAAUUGCAUGAUGCUGCUGGUUUUCAUUCAGUUGACAGCUCUAGCCAGAACCUUCUGAUGUCAUUGAACAGAGGGAAUAUAUCCACAUGCCAGUCCCCAUCUGAUGUGUUACUGAGAUGAGACACAUGCCAGGUUUGGAUGGAGUUAGCUAAAACUUGAUUCAACAGAUUGUAUAGAACAGAAUGGGAUUAAAGCACAUGCCAAAAUGAUUUGCAUAACUGUAAAAUCUCCUCUGAAUGGACUGGGGUCUCAUUCAGGCCCAUGCACAUUAUUUGUAUUCCAAGUAGGGCAUUUUUCCUCCUGAACAUCCCCCAGUGGAUUUAAUGAUGAGUGGUCUUGGCCAAUACAAUCAUUAAUUUAUUAACUGUGACAAUUGUUCAACAGUAAUUUUGUGGUCCUCAAGGUGUAAGACAAAGGAAGAUCAGGAAACUGAACGAACAGCAUUUCUUCUGAACUUUCCACAAUUAGAACACAGCUUUCUAUUUGCACUAGUAAAUUCACCUAUAGCUAUUCCUACAUUUUUUCCCACCAAAGUUUAUUGCAAGAAAUCUUGAUUGAACAACAGAAUAUAUUCUGAUAGCUAAGCAACUACUGCUGGAGAUGUUGACAUCUGUAGUUGUCCUAGUGCGCAAUUAAGUACAUGUAUUUAGAGACUAACUCAAAAUCUUAAAAUGUAACAUUAAUUCUUCUCGUUUUAAGAUAUUUUAUCCUGUUUCUUGUUGGAGUGCCUGGAAACUGCAGGAAAGUUUACAGUCAGUCUUUUAAAAUCAUAAUAUUAUUGGAUUUUAAAACAGUAUUUAUUUGUGUUGAAAACAGUAGUUUUAAUGAAAUUAUUUGUUUCUUUAUGCAUAAGUUAUUUCAAAAUUCUGAUGUGACUUUUAAAAGUCACUGGAGAUAUUGCUUGCCCAGUUGGAGACUCACCAUUUUCAGAAAUUACCAAGUCAUCUUUGAAACUGAAAAUUCUCCCACAGAAUCUCGGAUUGGGAACCAAACAUCAGCGGUUACUCAGGAAAACUGACUUCAUUUUUCUUCUUUACCUUUUCUUUAUUUUUGUCUGAAGUUCAGCUGAAAUUGGGCAGUGAGGGAAGUCUAGUUUGGUUUUAGCUGACUUUUAAUUUUUCCAGCCUAAAUGAUUCUGUCAUUCUACAAAUCUGUGCUGCAGGUGCUGUGAGCUGAUAAAUUAGAGCACAAAUAUCAAGCACACAACAUUUUAUGACCUUUUUCUUAUCACCAUAGUCUGUCCUUAAUAUUAGAUUAUUUUUUAUCUUCCAAAGUGACCCAACUUAACUUUUGACACCUUAACUACCUCUCUCUUUAACAGAAUUGUUUUGAGUUCUCUUGGUUGUUUGUACUACAAACCUGAAUUUAUUUUGAGAAUAAUAAUAUUACAUUGACAUGUAGUCAUAAACUUGGGUUUUUUUUUUUUCUUCUGCUAGAAGUUGUUUCAAACAGAUAAACUUGUUGAAUGUAAAGAAAAUGGUUCCUUGAGGUAAAAUUCCAGUUCAAGUUGUGGAGGAACACUGGUCUGUUGAAUGGUUUGCCUUGAUUAAUUUUGAUGGUGAAAAUGGAAAAAAUAAUAACAAGAAAAUUCCUCCAAGUUGGACCUUGGAAUGGGCAUUUUUUCACUUGUUAAACUGAAAAAAACUUAAUUUUAAAUGUAAUUUACUUUUGCAUGGAACACAAGCUUUUGUCUAAUUUUUGAAUGAUACUUCCUAAUCUCCUAAGCAUGAAUGUUUUGGCUAAAUCACAUUUUGCUUUGAACCAAAAAAAAAUUGUAUUUCACUGCUUCAACUUCCGCCCAUUUUGGUCAUAAGGCAGGGUUUGUGGUGAAUGGCUGCAUCUGGGAAGUGUCACCCAGCUCACACACGGGCUUUAAGCUCUGUUUUUCCUUCAAAGAGCCAAAAUGUCACUCUGAGCCCACAGCUGAAGGCACAGGCUGGGCUCUGAGCAGGCUCAGCCUAUGGAGGCAACAGUUUCACCUGGGAGGGAAUUCCAGCCAAGGUGGUGGUGAUUGCCAUUGGGGGGUGUGGGGUAGGAGAGUGGAAUGACCUCCUGGGUUAGCAGGGACAGAUCUGCAGCAUGGUGUCACUAUAAAAGAUGUCACACUCACCAGAGCCUCGGAGAGAUGAUGAGCAUCAGAUAAACACCAGAGCAAUUUGGAAAGUUUUGCUGUUCUCUGAUGUUAUCAGCCCAUUUGUAGGAAUCAUCUGAUUUAUGGAAAAUGUCACAUUUAAUUAUGUCUCUCAUCUCUUUGUUCUCUUCUUCUGUAAAGAUGGUUUAUGGUUUGGAAAAAGCACAAGAUGAUUAACUGCAGAUGUGAUUUCUUGUUUCCCGGAUAUUUGAAUUAAUUGCCCAUAAUUGUGCGUCAUCAUGUACUGUGUGUUACCAGGCUGAACAAAAAAGACAGAAAGCCAGAAAUUAGACCAAAGCCUUCCUUUUCUAUCUGUAUUUGUAAUAUUGAAGGUGCAUUAAUGGUUUAUUCAAAGCUAAUUUUUGGGAGGAAAUGGCCACAAUUUUAACACUGAUUCAUAAACUCAUGCCCUGAGUAAACAGAUACA